CCACAGUUUAGAGAACGGACGCCGUUGCGGCGGGAGGGGGGGCUGCGUUCGCUUCCCGAGGCAGUUGACGUCCGCGGAUGGUGCGGAGAAGCCGCCUUAACGAGGGCUCCGCUCCUCAAGCCGUGCCGGGCCUUCUCCUCCGCCCCACCGGCGAGCCGCUUACCUAACUCGGAUCAAGGAGCAAGAUGGCUCACAGCCAAACUAAGAAACGCAGGAGGAGCCGAAGUGAUUCCCGGAGCCGACGAGAGAAGGAGGAAGAUAAAAAAAAGAGGAAGAGCAGCAAAGAUUCCCGCGAGAGGAGAAGCCGAUCCCCAGCAAGCAAAAAAGAAUCUGAACCCCAGGAAUUCAGGCCGAGUUUAUCCUCUUCCAAAGACGUGAAAAAGAAGAAGAAAACGAAGAAGAAAAGGAAGAGGAAGGCCAGCUCCUCUUCCUCCGAGACCGGCUCUUCUUCCUCCUCCUCCUCUUCCAAAUCGGCCUCCUCUUCCAGUGCCUCUUCGGACGAGUCCGGCGACGAAAAGGCCAAACCCGAAAAGAAAAAGCAGAGGAGGAAGAAGGCGUCCAAAGGGAAAGACAAGAAGCGGAAAAAACGAAAAGAGAAGAAGAAGAAGAAGAAAGCCAAGAAAGAGAGGGGAAAAGAGGAGGGGGGAAGUAAGAAGGAAGAGGCCCCCGGCCCUUCGCUGGACCAGUGGCAGAAGGAGGCUGGCUCGGAUUCCGGACCAGCCCUCACGGACGAGCAGAAGUUCCGCAUCCAGGCCAUGAAGCCGAUGACAAAAGAGGAAUGGGACGCCCGCCAGAGCGUUAUACGGAAAGUCCUCGACCCCGAAACAGGCCGCAUGAGACUUAUUAAGGGCGACGGAGAGAUCCUGGAGGAGAUUGUCACGAAAGACAGGCAUAAAGAAAUAAACAAGCAAGCCAGUCGGGGCGAUGGACUUUCCUUUCAGAUGAAAAUGGGGAUGUUGCAAUAACGGGACGGACCCCUGAAAACGACAAAAGAUGAUCUCCUGGCUGUUUGCAAAGGUUUUGCCCCAACGAGCCAUGUCCGGGUGCCAAAAGGCAGGCACGGGCCACAGUUGCCCGAGCCUUGGGAGGGGGGUGUCUCUCCCCCUCCCCUUCUGCCCCAAGGGCUCCUUGGUUUUCCCCAGGGGUCACUCCAGCUGCUCUUCUUCAGCUCCCCAUCGGGUCGAGGUUAGGGAAUGUAAUUGUACCAGGUUCUUCUUGGGGGGAAAAAAAAGAGAGAGAGGAAGAGAGAGAGGAGGAUGCAGGAGAUCAAAUUCAAGGCUGCUUUUGACAGUUGGGGGGGGGCGCUUUCCAUGGGAUUCCUUGCAGCUCAAGAGGCCGCCGGUCUCCCUCGUUCUGUAUUUUGGCGAUCUGGGAGGGAAGCUGAGCAAAGGAACCACUUCCCCAUCACGCUGAGAAAAACCGCGAUGCAAUCCUUCCAUCAGAGACUGGGCUACCCGCAGCUGCUCCUGACCAGGAGGGAGAAUGACUCAUCCUCUCCCUGGUCCAGCUGCAGGAGGAGAACAGAACGCAGGGUCUCCUUCAAUCCACCUAGCACUACGCCACUCACACACACAAAACAAGGAGGCCCAAGAGCUUCAGGGGAAUCUGGAAUGAGGCCUUCUGGCCCAGUUCUCCGGCUGCCUCGGUGACUCAGCUCACCUUUUUAAGGCUGCAGUGAUUUCCCAGCCAGUCGAGGAAAGGUUAAAAGAGCUGUUUUAGGGUUUCCAGAGGGCCGAUUCUGGAUUUUUUGGCUGUGGGAGAAGGUUGGUCCUUCCCAGUUGGUUGGAGCCCAGAGACUGUCUGGAAAGUUGCCAGUUGCUCAGCCCCGAUGUGGGAUUUGACUGCUCGUGAGAAAGGCAAAGGACGGCAUUGUAGCUUCCUAAGCUCGUAAGAAGAAGGUCUGGCAAAACCUACUCUCUGUGCCUGAGCUGCUAGCUUAAUUCUGCAUUGGUUGCUGCAGGUUUCAUUUCAUUUCUUUCCUUCUCCUUCUCCUUCCCUCCUCCUCCUCCUCCUCCUUCCUUUUCUUCUUCCUUCCAUCCUUUUUCUAUUUUUAUUUUUCUUUCUCCUCUUUCUUCCUUUACUCCUUCUUCCUUUCAUUCGUCUCCUUUUCCUUCCAUCUUCUCUUCCUUUCCUUCUUAACUUUCUCCUCUUACUUGUAUCUUCCCCUUCUCUUCCUUUCAUUCCUCUCCUUUCCUUCUAUUAUCUUUCUCUUGCUCCUUCUCUUCCAUCUUCCCCUUCUCUUCCUUUCAUUCUUCUCCUUUUCCUCUCCUUCUCUCCUUCUCUCCUUCUCUUCUUAUUUUUCUCUUGCUCCUUCUCUUUCAUUCUUCUUCUUCUUUCUUCCAUCCUCCUUUUCCUUCUCUUCUUCUAUCCUCCUCCUUUGGCCAGAGAGCAUUCAAAGCCUUGUCAAUCAUUUAUUCUUGGAUAGCCACUUUGUGCCAUUUGCACAUAACCUUCCUUACGGGCAAGAGAUUUCCUCAUUCCCCCCCCCCCCGCCUUUCCGAUUCCUCCCGUUUCCAAUCUUGCCCUACCAGUACAAAAACUGGGUUACCCACAGGCCCAGUGGAACCACGCACCGGCCAAUUCUUAGCGUCCUUUGGCAAUCGAACAGCUGCUGAGCUAGCUUAUGUAAACUCUGCUCCCAUUACAAGCAGUUAAUUAUUAAUCCGUUCUUGGAACAGGCCGCCCAGGCUAAAUUCACCCCAAAGGGAAAAUCAAACAGAAGCACGCUCAAGAGAAAAUAUGGUAUAGUCAAGUGUGUGUUUAAAGUUCUGCAGAGCAUUUGGUCCUGCAGAGCUAAAGGUGCCGAAAUCGUGUUGGUUUCCAAAGCAUCCACUAAAGGCAGAUUUAAUAUUCUUUGAAACUCUUCGAAUGUUCUUUAAAAAAAAAAUUGGCUGGAUUGUAUCCAUUGCAUGCAUCGUUCUCUUUUUUCAAAACUGCAAGCACCAAGCUAAAAGAAUAAUUGUCCAAGCGAUCAAUACUAUGUCCAACUGGAAAUGCUUUGUACGGGGUGCUGAUGUAGCUAAUUUAACUAAUUAAAGCAGUCUUCUAAACAA